UGGGUUAUUUUACAAUUUACGAAGAGGUGUCUGGGGUAAUUCGCCUCUCGUAACUGUCCGCCUCAGCUUCACUGAAAUCAUCUCAAAGCCGGCUGUGAGACAAUCAACGGCCAGAUUUCAAUCACGGCAUCAACAACGCCGCCGCACCCGCUUUCUCUUUUCAUCACUUAGGAAACUAGUUGAGUAUUCUUCAUUACAUAUCAAUUAAAAGAUUUGGAGUAGGGAGUUUCCAUGGCGCUGUCCGUUUCUAGAAGGCUAUUACGCCAUUUAGGCUCUUUUUCUGCGAUUAGUCGCUGUGAGUCUCCGAGUAUCGCCAAUCAUUCGUCUCUAAAUCCCCGUGAUUCUCACGGUGUUUUAUCUGGGUAUGACUCAUUUACUUCAAAGGGUGGGUCAUGUUUACUUGCUUGCCAAAGGCUUUCGACUACUAUUUUGACUCCUGACUCAAGUGAUGGUGCUUUUCCCUCUGAUUUACUCUCAAAGAAGACUGUUCUAACUCCGGAUCGAACCAUAGGACUUUGCCAGGAUCUGGUGAUUCCAGUAACAAAUUUCCUCAAUGAAGACAAGGGCCUCAUGGUCUUGGCUGGUGAUGUUUUUGAUGUGCCCAUCAGGAAGGACAUUAUUCAUCGCGUUGUACGAUGGCAGCUAGCAAAAAGACAACAGGGAACACAUUCAACAAAAACUAUUAGUGAGGUCAGUGGAACUGGGAGAAAGCCGUGGCGGCAAAAGGGUACUGGUCGAGCUAGGCAUGGAACACUGCGUGGUCCCCAGUUCAGGGGUGGUGCUGCCAUGCAUGGCCCUAAGCCGCGAAGCCAUGCUUUUAAGCUGAACAAAAAGGUGAGGCGUCUAGGAUUGAAGAUUGCUCUGUCAGCUCGAGCAGCAGAAGGGAAGCUUAUGAUUUUUGAGGAUUUGGAGGUUCCGACGCAUAAAACCAAGAAUAUUGUGAAUAAUUACAAACAAAUGGAAAAUACGAAGAAAGUUUUGCUAGUUGAUGGUGGCCCCAUCAAUGAAAAGCUGAAGUUGGCUACGCAAAAUUUACAUUACGUCAACGUACUGCCCUCAAUUGGAUUGAAUGUCUACAGUAUUCUGCUGCAUGACACAUUGGUAAUGUCCCGUGAUGCUGUGAACAAGAUUGUCGAGCGGAUGCACACUCCGAUUAAUCGUUGAUUCAGAAUCAGAAUCUUCAUUUAUUUUCGAAGGAACAUAAAAUUGUCAUUUUGGUUAAAAUACCCAGAUGCCUAGCAGGAUAACCAUUUUAAUGUAUCAGUUUUUUGUGUUUGAGGCUUCAUCUUUGAAUUUUCUAGUUGAAUCCCAAACAUAAAAUGCCAUGUCAUAUAUUUACAUGGUAAAUUGAGACAAAAUCAUCAUUUUCCUUAA